GCUUGACUUUAACAGCAAAUAACCUACAUAAUACCAACUCAUAGUAUUGCUGACAAAUUUAAUUAAAUUUCGGAAUUAAAUUAUGAUGCCACACAUGCCGCAACGUCGUCGUUUGGGUUCAGUUGGCGAUUCAGCCCCACCAAGUGAAUCCUCCGAGGGAACCGCAUCGGAAACAUGCGAAAUCAAUCAGGAUUGGUCAUCCUCGGCCAACCAUCCCACAAAUGGUCUCUUCAUCAAUUCAGAUGCAGAUGACACCAUCAGCAUUGAAACUAGCAGCACCCUGCUGACCGACAACGAACGUGCCCAAGUUGAAAGUUUUUUCGGUGGCCUUGGUACCGAAAUAUUUGUCAGCUCAUCCCUAGCCAACUUAUACGAGGGCACUGGAAAGGAUGAUUGGCGUUUGAUUUUCACUGGCAUUCCAGUUUUGCUCCAUGACAAAGGCGUAGCCAGAUCACGUUCGUUGCCCCGAGUAACAUUGGUAUUGGCCGAACGGGGUUCCUCAUUCGCUCUAUGGAGUGACAAAAUCGAUAAUUUGUCAAAUUAUCACGUUGCCGGUCCAUCGUUUCAUACAAUGUGUUUUUCGAGCAAUCAUCAGCAGUUGAUUGGAUUCAGUUUCGAUUCGAAGGAUGCCGCACUCGAACUCUGGUCACAGGUGGAACGGUUAGUUAGUGAUCCAGAGAAUAUUGCAUUGAGUGCUCCGGGUAGGAAGAAGUCGAAGCAAAAGCAAAAGCGCCAAAAGCCUGCACCAUUGCCACCUAAAUCACAGAUAUCACAUCCUUGUCAAUUUCAUCACGUAACAAGUGUCACAAAGGAAGACACCGAAAGGUAUUACAGUAUGCAGGCAUUUACUCCGGGUAUGUUGAAACAUCGUUAAAGAAA